AUGACUGCAUACCAAAUACCAACUGAAAACGAGCAGCUGAUCCAAUGGUCCAAUGUGGAAUUACAACCAGAUUGUUCAAGAAAACGAGUGCGCACAUUUGAGCAAGAUGAAAGCGGUGAUUCAGCGACACCGCCUGAAAAGACAAUUCGAUUACAUGAAUCCAUAGUAGAUGGUAAGCUGUACAGUACUAAACAGUGGAUACAGCCUGCCAACGCCUCACAAGAAAUAAUAGCAAAAGAACAGGAUGAGCAAAAUAGCGGAAAGAGCAUUGACAUUUCAAAACUAUCAACACAAGAGAUCCUAUCAGCUUAUAAACGAAUUUGGAACAACUUGGAUCUGAGUAAACCGACUGAUGCAAAGCUGGAGCCAUUUGUUUGGCGUCAAAUUAGACAAUAUCAGCAAAGACUAUAG